AUGGCAUCCAUAUAUCGAACAUUUGGUGGAGCUAAUGACAUCCACGUAAGAGAAUGUGAAACGCAGAGGUGGAAUCAUUCUGCUAGAUGGGAUGCACGCUCUUUAAAACUUUUUCGCAAUGAAUCUAAUGUAACGUUCACGCAAUUGAAUGCAAAUGUGACUAUUGCCCGAGGGUUGGUACAAUCCUCCCUGUCCAGAGCAGCCGUGGAUUGGGCAGUGAACAUCGUUGAUCUCAGCACGCUUUUGGAUCAGAUCAAUAUAGAGAUCAAACUCAACUUUGAAAUGUGGGGCGAUGAGGUAGAUAAGGAGAACUGGUAA